UUGAGCCACCAUUUUGAUGAAAAUACAGUGUAUCUGGACACACAUCGCCGUCGCGUCCACGGCUGUGCAUUUGCGUGGCCGGGGGCUUACAGGUAGACGGUGAGAUAAGUCUUUUAUUUCAGUCAACAAAGGCCGCCCUGAUGGGAGGUGAAAUGAGUUCAGUGGAAGAAGAAGCGGCGGCGCAGGUUUUGUGUCCUGUGUUUGUCGCUAGAUGGCGGAAGACGUCCAGUUUCCCUUCACGGGGGAUUAACGGGGUCGUGUAACGUGCUGCAGCCCCGGCUUGUGUGUUUUUUUUUCUCUUGCCCGUAAUAUAACAUCCAAGCACAAAAAAAAAACCAUGAGAUGGCAUUCAAAGGCAAAGCGGUCGACUCGAAGCAACAGCAGCAGCUGUCUGCACCUUCAGUGUACAUCCCUCCCACUGCAGUUUGGUAGCCUAUCACAUGUUAGACUGUGAACACAGCUCCAGACCGUGCUCUUCAACCUGCUGCUGUGCCUGCUCAUAUUUUACUCUCUCUUCUACAUGAUCGGGAGUGUGUGCUUUGGUGCCUUCAGGUUGGAUCACUUUGAUGGACUGAUUCCAUUUGACUUCAAGACUGAACCUGCUGAAUCCAACUCCAAAUACUUGGUGAACCUCCUGUCCUUGGAGCUCACCUACUUCUGCAGCGGCCUGUUGUUUGCUGCAGUGGUGCGGAGGCGGGUCUGGGACUACGCCUUCACUGUCACACUUCUGCAUGUAAUGAUCACCAGCCUAGUUAUGUUGGAGUUCCCCAUGGUGUGGCAGUGGUGGCUGGCUUUAGGAAGCGGCUUGUUUCUGAUGAUCUGCAAUGGUCAGCUGAUCGCUUACUUCACCUGCCAGAGUGAGCAGAGCUACGCCUCCUUCAGCAUGUACUGAUGGACAAGACUGACAGAAAGCGACCUCGUGUACAAACUGUUACCAUAAGCAGUCUUGUGAGGUGAGGUAGAAAGGAUUAGACCAGAUGUUCUCUUCCUGGAGACACCCAUUAGAUUCACCAUGAUGAUGGGCUUUUUCUGUUUGCCACUAAAAAAAGACAGCACCAUCACAGAAAGUCAGCGCUGGGUCCAAUUUGUGUCUAUGGGUUGCCAACAGACUGGCAUGUGAUUGUUUUUAUGUAAAUGCCACAGGGAGAUGUUCUUCUGCCUCUGUCACUAUGCAGGAUAUUAAGGCACCCUGUGAAGUAUUUUCAGUACCAUUGUAAGCUGUGAAUGUAAGAGCAGAGUGGGCAAGUUGCAAUACAUGUUUGUUGUUGUGUUAAAAAAAUAAAACUGUUUUAAGAUUGA